AUGAAGUCCGGAUCGAAGUUGACCGGUGCCGUCGCAUCACUGCUCUCCCCGUGGACAACGGGUGGGACACAGGACCCAGAUACUUCUUCCCUUGAUGAUGAUGAUGAUGAUGAUGAUGAUGACGACGAUGCCGCCGCCGCCGCUACUGCUGCCACUGCUAAUGAUCCGGCAGAUGACAGUCUAGCAAACCUCUUGCAUAAGAUCAACCUUAAGGACAUCGGGGAGGAAGAUGAGGAGAAGGAG